AUGGCAUCACGUCAAGUGGACUUGGAAGCGCUCAAGUCGCGUCUGUACCGCGUGGCGUGUGAGAAAAUUGCGUCGGAAAGCGUGGCGCUGACGCGCGUGUCUCGCGCCUUGUGGGAAAACCCAGAGCUGGGCCUUCAGGAGAAGCAGGCUGAGCAACUCCUGUCUUCUUUUCUCCUGUCACGUGACUUUCCCGUCAUACGUCACCAUGUACUGCCCACUGCCUUCUUAGUCACACACCCUGACGACGCACAGGUGGUCAGCCGUGACGUCACAGAUGGGGACAAUGACGUUAGCAACGGUAGCGUUAGUGUUGGUUCAUGUGUUGGCAAUCUGGAGUCUUCUGGUAUAACUGAUGACGUCAGAGAGUCGGCUACACCAGCAAGCGAUGACGUUAAGCACCAGGCAGUGGAAACCAGGAGCGAGUCACGCGACGUCUCUCACGUGGCGGUCUUCUGCGAAUACGACGCCCUUCCGGACAUUGGUCACGCGUGUGGACAUAAUCUGAUCGCUGUCGUGGGACUGGCCACUGGUUUGGGCAUCGCGGCGGCCAUCGAUGCGGCGUGGUGCGAAAAUGUCACGCUCGGGAAGCUGAGUAUUAUUGGAAGCCCGGAUGAAGAGAAUACUUGCGGGAAAGUGAACUUGCUGAAGGCCGGCGUGUUGGAGGGCGUCGACUUUUCUCUGAUGGCUCACCCUGCCAUGUCGGAUGACGCCACGCCCAACUUCAGCGGCUGUUAUUCUUGCUUUGCCAUCUUCAAGGGUACUGGUGGCUCGUCGAUGAACGCGUGGUAUGGCGGCGGCGGCGGGAACGCGCUUGACGCUGCGUGUCUAGCCUAUCAAAGCGUGGCGUGUCUGAGACAACAGUUCCGCCCUGACUGGCGUUUUCACGCCACUUUCAAGAGCGGCGGAGUCCAUCUGGAGCUGGUGCCUGAGCGUGUGGUUAUAGAGAUCUACUACCGAGCCAACCGGUUGGAGGAGUUGAGAGAGUUGGAGAGCAAAAUCUUUGACGCGUUCCGUGGCGCCGCUACGGCCUGUGGGUGCUCUGUGGAGUAUGAGAUGCCAUAUCCCAAAAUUGACCCCCUAAUCAGCAAUGAUAGCCUCGUAGCGGUGUACACGAAACACGCGGCUGCGCUUGGCGUGAAUCUGCCGCAGGCGUGGGGCGAACGUGACCCUGUGGGUUGUACGGAUAUGGGCAACGUGAGUCAGGUAGUCCCUAGCAUCCAUCCGGUCUUCGACAUCGGCACAGACAGUGUGCUCCACACGCGGGAUUUCGCCGCCGCCGCGGGCACCGCGACUGCUCUCGAGCGGAGUCUCCAGCAGGCAAAAGUGUUGGCCAUGACGGCCAUUGACGUGAUGUUGACGCCGAGCGUAGUGCGCGCGUUGAGGGAGGACGCCAAACGGCUCCGGGAGAAAAAUGUACAGUCCUGA